CCAUGGGUUUCCAUAGGAUACAGCCUACUUCCCAGGAAUUAGGCUGCGUGGACAAUUGCAACUGAAAAUACAAAUAUAUGCACGCAAGAAUUACUGGGCGUUGUUUCCACUUCACCCUUUUAAAGCCAAUUUAUUUAUGUAGCUAGCUUUAUUUCGAUUUCCCUACGUUAAUAAGAAAUAAAUGUAGCUGCAUCGCCAAGAGAUAGGCCUGUCUUUGAUUGCCAGCUCCUUGACUCUUUCAGCCCUCGCUAUGCUGAACAGGUGUUUGAUAUUCGGCUAAUCAGAGGUUACUGGGCCCAUCUGUAUUCGCCGUAAAUUUUAAUUCACGUAAAAAAACGUUCCAGAUCUACAGAAGCUUUAGCUGGUUACACGGAACUUGAAAAAUUAAUGUUCGAAUAGGAGCGCUCUUAAGAUCCUGAUUGUAUUUUAAAAUUUGAAAGCAAGCUUGGCCUAUCAAAGGCAAUACUUGGAAAACAAGACAAAACAAUUUCACCAAGAUACAUUCUAAAGAAUCUACGCCAUUGUUAAUGGAAUACCCCGUACAUGUCACUGCUGCCGGUCAAAUUUCUUUCAACAAAAUAUUGGAGCUGCAGGCCCAGCCUAUAAGCGAAGAACAGGCCUGGGCACUCUGUUACCAGCUGUGUACCCUAUUAUCUGUAGAUCAAUAUGGGAGAAGAUGCGAGUACUACACGUCCGGUAGAAUGUUGCAACUCCCUGGAAUAAAUAACAUUUUACUGAUGAAUGACGGGAAUGUUUGUCUCAGAAUGGAUGACAGCAGCACAGACUACUUUGCCUUUGAGACUGAAGAUGAGAUGGUGGAUUACCUGGGAAGGCUGAUCUACUCCUGCCUAGAUUGGGGUCUGGAUAGCAGUGUGGAGAGGGAGCUAAAUGAGACCCUCGAGGUUCUACUGUGCCAGAUGACCAAGGUGAAGCUCAGCCAGAGUAUGCAGGAGUCCUUCCAGCCCUUGUGUACAUUCUCUGAGGUCAUCCAGGUCUGUGAGAACCGUCUGUAUGAACCGGCUCAAGCUGCACGUCACUACAGAGCCACCUGUUCAGCACUCUUCUCAGAGACUUUGGAACUGUGCCUGUACUUCCACAACGUUCAGCGUAACAAAGAUGUUUUGCAGAAGCUCAUCAUUGAACCAGAAACAAGAACUGUUUCUCAGGAUGCAGCACGCUGGGUGUUUUCAUGGAAGCACUUGAUAGAGGACUUAAUCAGAGGGGUAGCACUCAGGCCAGUGGAAUGGUUAAACAUAACUGCUCCCCUUCCUGUUAAGCGCUCUCCUUUCCAGCAGCUCUUGGAUGACAUAAAGCUCAAGAGGUACACGCUCCGCAAAAUCCAGAGAAUUGGAAAAACAUAUAUGGCGUCUGGACAUCACGAGGCUCUCCUGAUGGCCAUCUCCUCAAGGCCAAAGUUGAAACCUGUUUCGGAACGGAAACUAAAGACACGGCCCAAAGCAGAAUCCAGUCUCCAUGAGCUGCUGAUGGGGGAAAUCCGAACAGCUAACCAACAGACACUCUUAUCUUCACACAAAAAGCGGUUUUCUUAUAAAGAUGAUUGUUUCUCACCCCUGAGCUGUCCAAUUCCCUAUGGUGAGGACACCACAACUAAAGACAACUCCUACCUGUUAAGCCCCAUUCCAACACUUGACCUUCAGGAGGCAGAGAUUGAGGAGGAGGCAUGCAAAGAGAGAGUAUUCCAGCAAGUCAACACUAGAGUGGAUCCAGAGUUGAAAUUCCUUCCUUCUCUCUCAUCUUCGCCACUGGACCCCUUCUGUGGCUCAUCAAGAAGAAAAUCUAGAUCCUGUUCACUUGGCAGCCACCUUGAAGUCUCCAAGCCAGAAAGGAGCUGUGCCAAGGUUAAUGUUCCCCUUACUAUUUCUGAUGUCAUCAAGAGGCGCCAGACUGAAAUGAAGACCUUGAAAACUGUAUACUGUGACAGUCUCAGAAAAUGGAGGGUAUGUUCAAGUUGUUCAAAGAGAAGCCUUUAUUUCACCUGGCAUAACUGUUGUUUCCUUUGCAACCGGGUUGUGUGCCCUGAAUGUUGCAUGAAGAUGAACCUGCCCUAUAAGUGGUGUGUGAACUUGCCAGUGAGCUUUUUCAAGAAGAUUGUGUUGAACAAGGACUGCGAACAGGAUGUGUCUAACUUCUGGAGAGAGCGCUUGAUUUGGGAACAUACCAGGGUUCCUCUUGUCCUGGAGUCUCCUAUCAGAAAUGCAUCCCCCCUGCCUGGUUUAGCCAUGAGAGACUGGUACAGCCAAGACAUAUGUACAGAAUGCAAGGGCUUUCUGCUGGAGGCCUGCGAUUCUGUGUUCCGCCUGAGGCCUAUACCUAGCUCCAAGGAAAUUUGACCAACGCUCUCCCAGGAUGUCUGAAUGUUCCCCUCGACCGCUGCACCACCCAAACACCUUUUGCUUUGCCGUCAGGCUAGUUUUUCCCACUUUUGUGUAGACUUUUGUCACCACCUGCACCAUCAGCACUGUUCCUAAACCAAAGCAAUAUUUCCAUUCACCAAGGUGAUCUAGGGUUUGUUUCCACCAUUUGUUUAAGUAUGUUGUUCAACUGUGUGUAUUUAUUUAAAUGUGAUUUGCACAACAAACUUAAAAGCCCAAAAUCCUCCUCAUUGUUCCACAAAGUUCUCAGUUCUAUGUGUUUUGCAUUUUAUAACAUUUAAUGUGAUUUUAAAGACAUUUCUAUAAUCAAAUAAAUAUUCCUAAUAUAAA